AAAAAUUGUCAGCAAAACUGCGUGUGAAAAAUACACAAAGUUUUCUUGUAUCUUUCGUGCGCUAUUAUUCGAGUGAAAAAGCGCGCGUUACCGAUCUACGUGCGACCCGAAAGUUGGCAAAAUGUUGUAAAAAUCGCUGUUCUACUUCCACUUCUCUAAAUAACACACACAGGCACGCACACACGCGCGCGCCGCCGAGUGUCAACAGCUGCCCUGGCAAAAUGUCGGACAUUAACGAUGACCUGCUCAACUAUGAGCUGGGCGACGACAUCGAUGACCAGGCUUUGCUCGGAGCCGACGAGGAUGAGUUGCUACUCUCGGACGAAGAGCUCGAAAAAGAUGUCACCAGCGAGGUGAAGCAGCAGAUGCGCGCCGAGGCCGAGGAGUGGGCCCAGGAGCAGAUUCGACAGCACGAGCGCAAGCACAAGGAGCAGUUGCAGGCAGGUACGGCUGCGGUAGCAGUUGCAGUUACACCAAUGCCAGCAGCUCCAGCUGAGGCCGCUCCUCAAAAGGUUUACCCGGAGCCCACGACCUAUACACCUGCCCCAGCUCCUGCCCCUGUCACAGCCGCUGUCCCCGGUACUGCAGUCAUCCAGCCCACGGUAGCGAAACCUAUUGAAAUCCCUGCUGCCCCGGCAAAGACAGUGGAUGAGCUGGGGGCAGCCACUCAAGGCACUACGAAUGUGGAUCCGCCAGUCCAGCAACCUAAAGAGGAGGCUUUGCCCGCUGAUAUUACAGAAAAAGAAGCUCCCCAAAACAAUGGCAAUGGCGAGGAGGCGGUUGAGAACUUGGGAAACCAGAGCGAGGGCGAGCAGGGCUUGGGCUUGUGCUCGCUGCUUGCCUCCUCCCAGGAGAGUCUGCCUAGUGCCAGCUCCACCUCCGUGAUCUCAGAGCUGCCCGAUCCACGCGAGGACGAAGAAGAGCGCGAGGAGCGCACCAACUACAAGACGGCCAGCGAGCGGGCCGACAACAAUAUGAGGCAGCAACAGGAACACGCACACAUGUCGCCCUACCAGCACCAGCAGAGGCGACACCAUGGCCAUGGAGAUAAGCCUCGCGUGGGCGGAGGUGGACGAAUUAUGCAUGGCCGUCAUCACCUGCUACGCAACCCCUCGCCAAUGUUUGGCGUUCAGCAGCAGCAGCAGCGCAUGGGCAUGGCCGGAAUGCAGCCCCCGCCUCAACGAUACGCCAUGCCGGGUAAUGCUCCACCACCGCAGCACCUGGCUCUGAUGAGCACGCCAGUGGGUGCUGCUUCCACCGCCGCCUGCCUCCUCCCCCUAACCGUUCCCGUGUCCCCGCUCACCCUGUCUAUACCACAAGCCCAUCCAAACCAUCAAGCCCAUCAACAACAACAGCAAACACUGAACAAUCCGACAUUCAUUCCAAUUCCAGGCCAGUACCCGCCAACUCAGCCACCCAACCAGUCACCACAACAAGCACCGACCAACACACAACAGCCAUACAGCGCUCCCGCCUCUCCCCUCCACACUCCCACGCAUUCGCACAUGAUGCACCACAGUCACAACCCGAAUGGAGGCGUGCCGCCCCACCUGCUGCCGCAUCCACAUGAGCAGGUGCGUGUGGGUCUGCUGCAGCCACCGCCGAUGGCGUAUGCCCCUAAUCCCGGCAGCUAUCGCAACGGAGCACUCCUGGGUCCCGGACCGGUGCCUGGGCCGCAUCAACAACACCAGUCGCCGCACCAGCAGCAGUCGGGCAUGCGCCCUCCGCUUUACCGCAACACCCCGUCCUCCUACGGCUACGAUCAGGGCCAUCCGGCCCAGCAUCCGCCGCAGUUCAUGCGGCCGCACAACGGCUGGCGGCCGCAGAGCGACAAUACACGCAUGCAGCGUCCACCACUCCAGACCCUGCCAUUACACAUGAUGCCCGGCGCCCCGCCAAACUUCGCCAACGGCAUGGGGAUACGGGGUCCGCCGCCCCAACAGUCACAGCAGCAGCAGCACCAACAGCCGGCGCCGCAGCAAACGGGGCAUCCUUCACAGCAGCCCGGCAAUUCCGGCCAGCAGCAACAGCCGCCGCAGCCAAAUGGGCCGCCGCAGCAGCAGGGUUCGUCAUCGGUGCCGCGGGUCAGCAAGGUGCUCAUCAAUCCGAAUUUUAAGGGCGGAGUCGAGGCGGCCACCAACAAGUUCAUAAAGGAGACCCACUUUAUGCCCGCCAUUAACAGCGAGGCCGAACUGCUGCGCCAGCAAGAAGAAUUUAUCAACAAGAACCGACAGUACUUUGAGAAGCGGCGCAUGGAAAGAUCGCCCCCGUCGGCGGGUUCCAACUCGGGAGCCGUCUCCUCUGGACAGGCAGGCGAGCGGAGACGAACCCGUAGCCGCAGUCGCUCACGUGGCCGCAGCUACUCCCCUGUAAAGCGAAUGGAAAGGGAACGCGAUCGGGAACGAGAGCGCGAGCGGGAUCGGGAAAGGGAGCGGGAUCGGGAGCGAGAACGUGAACGAUAUGGGGCUAACCGAGCGCCAGCGAACCGGGGAUUCCGACGAGCAUCCAGCCGGGACCGAGACGAGAAUCGUGGCGGAGCGAGCGCAGGCAGUGCCCAAGGAGCGGGCGGAGGAGCAUCCAGUGGUGCGGUGCCACCCAAGCGACGAAGGAGUGGUUCAGCCGGGGCAGGCACCGCCCGAAAUCCGUUCUCCGGGGAGCCCCGCGGCCGGCCCUCAGAAACAGGCUGCCGCAGUAUGCCGAGUGACGAGGACGAAGAGACCCGAAACUACCGACUGGAGAUCGAGAAGCAGAAGCAACUGCGUGAGAAGAUCAUGCGCGACAAGGAGCUGAAGCGUCGGCGCGCGGCCGAGGAGAAACUACACGAGGAUAAGCGCGCCGAGCAUCACAAUUCGCCAGCCCGCGACGACCAGGAGGCGGCCGCUGGACAAGGAUCUGCCGUGUUGGCAGCUGCUGCGCAGAAACAUCGGCCUGCCCAGCCACCUGGCGAACGCAAGGUGAUCUCAUUGAAGCGUCGCGAUGACCAGGAUGCGGGCAACAUUCGCAACAGACAAGCGCCGUCGCAGUCCCAAUCGCAGCCCAAUGCUCAGGCAACACAAGGCCAGCAGCAUCAGCAGCCGGCGCGCAAGCAACUGACGGCGGCAAAGAUAGCGCCGGAGGCCAAGCGCAGUAUAACCGAGCACCUGGCUCCCUCAUCCAAGCAGCAGCAGCAUCAUCAGCAACAGCAGCAGGUGACUGCGGCGGUGCCGGCGAGAACGGUAGGGGGAAACGGUGGCGGAGCAGGAGCUGCGGCUGGGGGCACUCCGCCAAAGCCACGCGAUAUGCUCCGCCUAGGCACGCCCAGUGACGAUGAAGUGGAGCUGGAUUAUGAUGACGAUGACCUGCUGCUGGACGAGGAGGAUCGUUUGUUGGCCACACCGUCGCCUCCGCCGCAAAAGGCAAGCAGCAAGCGAUCGGCCACGCCAGAGUUAUUGGUAGUCAAGCGAAACCACAAGGUAAUGCGCGGCGGCAGCUCGACAUCAGCGCCCAGCUUUAGUUCCAGCCAGCGGCGGGUGGUGAUAAAGCCCACCAGCAAUGGCAGCAGCGGAGGAGAUCAGCAGCAGUCAUCGCACGGCGGCCGGCAGCGGGAAAGGAGACAGCGGGAGGAGAACGCACUGCAGCGGAAAAGUAGCGCAGGAGGAGGUGGAGGAGGCAGCAGCUCAGGAACUGGAGGAGGGAUAUUCGAUCGACUGGAGAAGCGGCAGGCCUCCUCGGGAGGAAGCAGUGCUGGAGGCGGCGGGAGCAGCCACAAGCAGCGCUCCAAGGCGCCCGCCCGCAUCGUACUCAAGCAUGAUUGAUAAAAAGAAAUAGUUUAAGCUAAACAUUUUUAUAUCGAUUAUCUUUAUUGUGGAUAAAAGAUUUACGACGUUGAGAAGGCGUAGAAGAGUAAGAAAAAACUUAAGCUUUAAGUUAUAAAGUUGCAACUGGUUGAUCUGUAGACUUGUAUACCUAACGUCUAUAUAAAUAGCGGCUUAUAUAUAUGUAUAUGUCAUUGUCUUUGGUGAGUAUGAGUACUGGUGUCUACACCGUACUCCAUACGGUAUACAUAUAUAUAUCCAUUUAGCUGUAAGUGUACAAUUCUUAUCAAUGACUAAAACGUGCUUCGUUUUCUUAACCGCAAUUUGUAUUUAAAUUUAGAAUUAAGUGGGAUGCUUAAAGCUUGACCUGGACAACAAAACAAAUACCCCAAUCAUAACAACAACACUAGACCCAAAAAUGCAGUUUUAUGUGCUUGCAAUGUAAUCAAUUCAAAUAUAUUUACAUAGCUAUAUAUAUUUAUAAAUACUUCAAUUUAGUUUUAAGUGAGGGUCUUUUUUUUAGAAUGGUUCUAAAAGAUUUUGUUGAAGUAGAGAAAAUUAAAAAAACACAAAAAGAAUAUAAACGCAAAUGCUUCUGAGAAAUUUACCUUGUAUUGAAAUGACCUUGACCCAGAUAUUUUUUAUGAAUUAUUUUUUAAAUUGUGCCCUGUUAAUUGUACAUGAAUGUCUGUCCUAUUGUGUUCUUUUAUAUAACUAAUAUUAACCAUAUACAAAUCUAUGUUUGUGAACUAGUUUAACAAAUAAACUUGAAAUAUUGUAGCAUAUUACUUAUAUGUACACAAAAAGCAAUACCAUAAUGGCCUGAGAAAACGCAGACACAUAGAAUGGUACCAAUAAUUGGAAAUGCAGAAAGAUCAAACCAUACAAUAGUAUAGCGUAUAAAAUAUGACACACCCCACAUAACACACGGGCCAGUUCAAGAGUAAUGAGCGAAAGAAAUUUUCGAGGGUGUACCGCAUUAUUGAUUCAAGAAAGAUACUUUAGCUUUUAAGUAAAUGUACAUACCACACAAUAUUCGCUUAGUCACAUUUAUGUAAACGUACCACAGUCCCCUAAAUGUACACAUCGAUCCCUAUGAAAGCUGAGAACAUUAUCCGAUCUAGAAAAACAGCCAUAACUCCAUUUAGAUUAUUCGCAUCUGAAAUAAUGUGAAAUGCCUAGGAUAAAGAGAUUGUUAAAUUAUUGCCACUCCUACUAAAAGAUACAUACUUAAAUCCUCGAAAAAUCUGCAACAAUAUUUGUAAUUGGACAACAACAUAUAUACCAAGCGUUGUACUUUGCAAUUUUUUUCAGAGAAUAAUAAUAUCCAGGAACUCUAAUUGUAUUAAUAAGCUCAUUUAUAUGUUAAUAUGAGUCAUUUGUAUUGUAACAAAAGCGUAAGAGAAAUAGAUAAAGAAAAGGCCAAGGCCAGGCAUAGGAAUAUAGCAAACCUAUAUGACAUGAUAUGUACUAAUACCGCUCUAUUAUAAUCUAAUUGAAUCGAAUCCCAAUGCCCUAGCAUCAGAUUUGGUCCAAGCAAGUCCAUACUUGAGCUUGACUUUGCAUUAAUGUAAUUGUAACUUUUAUUCACGUGACAACACAGAUAUAUAAAUUUAACUAUUUAUGUAACAAGGGUCCUAAAAACCUGUAAUGCCUAAAACCUGUAAUUGUUGAGGUUCGUAAAGCUAGAAAAUGAUAAGAUUUAAAUGGAAGCGCAUAAAAAGUCGUAUAUGCAUAGGUAUACGUAUAACUCUAGUAAUCGUAAUGAUACACAAUAUGAUAAUAUAUGGACUAAUAAAAAACAAUUAUACUACGUGCACACAUACAAGCGUGCGGCAGCAUAACUGUAAAACAUCUAAAGUUAUUCCAAGUGAUUCUAGCUUUUUAAGAACUAAGUCGAAACAAACCGAUCAAACCACAAACCGAACAUUCGUAGUGGAAUAUACAAAUAGCAAAAACUAAUAACAAACAAAAAUGAUUCCAAUCAGCAAAUCCGAGUCUGUGAUUAUUUUUAUAUUAUUCUUAUUAUUAUGCAUAAACUAUAUUACUAUAUAACAACUAUCCAUUAUGACCCACUCCCUUAACAUAAUUUGUUUACCCACCAAACCUUUUUUAUUUCAUAAUUUGUACACCUCAAAGACCACAACUAAAAUCAAAUAUUAGAAAUAAGUGCUAGAUAAAUCGGUUUGCAACCAGGCCAACACUCUAUUCCCAGUCAGAUUAAGAGGGAGUCAUUUAUGUGUGAUAUAAAGUACUGUAAAGUUGUCGGGGGUGGAAUGGAGUGUGUGCACUGUUGUGAUCAACGCCUAUUAAUGUAUAAGUCCAUUUUUUUUGGCACUAGACGCAAUGCUGGGCCACACAACACCUAAUAUUCCUCGCAUUUUCCCAGCUUAAUUUUCAGUUCAAAUCGCCAAUACAUUUUACCUAUGUAUGUGUAUAGUUAAGAACGACUAGCAGAAAUGCAAACACUAUUCGAUGUUAGUUAUGUAUACCUAGAAAGUUACUCUCUAUGUGUGCACGAACCUACCCGUAAAUAUUUAUUAUAAUUUUAAGCAUUUUGAACGAUAUCUCUGUUUCUACACAUACAAGCCUAAAGUUUUUGGUUUUGUUAGCCCUAGACAAAUUGUUUGAUUUUGUUAUAGUUUGUAACUCAGUUCCCCCCAUGCUUUCUGUUGUUUUUACCCAGCCAAUAUCACCUUAUCCCCUCCCACCCACACUAUGUCCAUUAAACAAACUAUUCACCAUUUAAAACUAACCUAUAAAUGUCAACGGAACUUAUUUCGAUGGCAACGCAACUAUCCCCCUCUCAGAAUCACCCACUAUCCCCCAAUAUUAGCGCCAUCUCUUUCUCCUACGCGCUCUAGCGCUGCAAUCGCUCUGUCUCACCUCGCACAUGCAUUAGAGCAGAGCAGAGAACUGAUCCAGAGCAGAGUUGCACAUACUAUCUUAAUUGUAAUCAUAUAUAAAACCUAUACCUAAUUUUCUUUCAGCACUAUUCUUUGUACAAAUCGAAAGAAAAAAUUGACAAAAAGAACAAAACGAAAGAUGAGAAAACGUACAAAAAAAAAAUAAUCAAAUGAAACGAAAAGAAUGAAAAAAAGAGUAAAAUAAACAAAAAAUUACAGAAAAUAGUUAGAUUAGGCGAGGUGCCAUUUCAAGAGGGAAGCUCCGCGGGCAGCUCGCCAAAGAACUUUUGAAGAAGACUAAAUAAACUGAUAUAUACACGAAUACAUGAUAUAUAUAGCGACCCAGUCCUGUAUAUAUUUGUAUAUGUAUAUUUUUUACAGCAUUCAAA